AAACUCUGUAUUCAGGGCACAUCAGAUGAUGUUGUGGACUGCUCCCAUGGUAAGCGACUCUGGGAGCUUAGCAAACAUAAAUAUGAUCCCCUAUGGCUGAAAGGUGGUGGCCAUUGCAACCUUGAGCUCUACCCUGAAUACAUUAAACACCUAAAAAAGUUCGUCUCUUAUGUUGCUAAAAGAAAGGCAGCAGGAAGCUCAAAGGCCACUGAACCAGAUGAUGCAGAGCAAAAUAAACCUAUUGGGAGCCGAUAUUUGUCUGAAAUGCCAGAACUUUUGAGUCGUCCAGAGGCCGCAAGAACCAGUUUAGACAGUAGGAUUGGCAAUCCAAAUAAGGUCGAUACACCAGAAAACUCCAGGUUAAGCUCUGCCUACACUGAAAAGAGAACAAAAGGAAACUGUUGGGCGGAGAGGAUUCAAUUACCUGUAGCAUGUAACACAAUAACAGGUGUGUAUGGUAGAUCAUAGGAGAAUCUCAUUGGGAAAACUUUUUGAAUCAAUUUCGUUUCAUGAGUUAGUAAACGUGUCAAAACAGGUUAUUUUGAUCUGUGAAGAGAAUGCAAUAAACUAAAAUUGAGGUCAUAGUAGAUGUACUUAGGAAAUUGAUUUCAAAUAGAGUUAUGAAGACAAAGUUCUUAAUAUGUUAUAUGUUUUGGCUUAGAUCA